CGCUGCUUUCCUUAGCACAAAUCCAACUUGCGACUCAAGUACCCUCUUCCAUCACUUUAGGAUCAGAUUCACUUUCUCGCUCAAGCUCUGAUUCGAAGGUUUCGUCUGCGCCAGAAGAGCACCCAAUUUCGGUUGACCAUCACAACUGGGGGCCCGGCCAAAGGUGUCGGCUGGCGGGAUAUCCCUCUAGGUGGACCACUCAAUUCGGAAAGCCUGCGAAAAAGAAUAUGAAGCUGGGGCCGGGGCCGGGGCCGCAAUGAAGGAGGUGCUCGCAGAAUACACGAAAUGGCUAGAAGAACAUGAUGAAGAACUAGGGGGAUGGUUCAGGAGCUGCGGAGGAGAUGAAGAACCAGACUUGACUCCCAGUGAAAAUUCCGUCGAGCCGCGUAGUCGAGCCGGAUCAAGCGGCGUCAUACAAGAAGGCUUUGAACUCCAAACCUUCGCCUCUUCCAUUCGCACAUCCAAGAAUUACCAGACCUCUUACUGUUGGUCUCUCACUGGGCAGCACAUGCGAAGACCUGCAGAUACGAUGCUACAGACUGAAACUGCCGCGCAAGGAUAUCUGGAUAUCUUUGAGUCGCUCCAUAAGCCGUCUAGGCAUCGCUAUGGGUGUAGCCAUGGUAUGUUCUAUUCCAUAUAUGCGUGUAUUUCUGAGCUCGCUAAGCCAAAUCUUAUACAGGUCUCGCUUGCCACCAUUCCAGCUGGCUUCGACUUCUCUAUUUCGAUACUUUUAUCUUCACGUUGCGAAAUGCGGUUGGGGUAUCCGAGCAGGACAGGGCUAGCCGUGGGCAGAACGGAAAGGGUUAUGCUACUCAGCGUAUGUAGUAGCGAUGUGGUUCUAUACAUAUUAAUAGCAAAG